GCGAGUGUUAAGUAGUCGAACCUACAGUGUUCUCGCAAGUAGACGUAGUCGCGUUAAAACAGAAACCGAAACUGAAACCCGUAAAUGUGACUAAGCCCGUGCAUGUACUUAAUAAUAUAAUAUUGCCAUUGUUGUUGUAGCUAUAUUUAAUACCAAGUGACGUCGAAACAACGGCCAAUAGCAAUCCGUUCAAGUGCUUUUAACCUCGUCCCAUAUUGUUGUUGUCUGACGAAGCGUGUUUGUGAGUGCCUGCCUACCGAAAUUACCAACGAGCAUAAAGCAAGAGAGGAGGACAAUGUCCACAAACCUGCAAAAGGCCACCCCUGAGGAAAUUCGCCAAGCGGCCGCUCGCAUUUGCCGGGACUAUCUAACCGGACGUUGGAAAGUGGUUUCUCCAGAGAAUUUGGUGGUCAAGCGCGUAAGUGGAGGUCUGUCAAACUUCUUGUAUUACGUAAGUCUUCCCGACUUAGAUGACUUAGAUGAGCUGGAGGAACAACAACAGCUGCAGGCAAAUGUCAACGUCAGCAAAGACGUCAUAGCCACCACAACUUUGUCCAAUAAUAGCCCCGUUUACACACGCGACCAUGCAGAUGAGGCCAGGCCGGUAGGCGUGUCAUCGUUGGCUCCGGAAUUGGCAAGUAAUGACGAUGGCGAUAAUGACGACGAUGAUGACGACGCAGCAACUAUCACCAAACAGGCGCACAAGCGUCAGCGGUUCGAUAGCGAUAGCCGCGACUCGAGUUUGAUGAAGCGAUUGCACGCCCCAAAACAAGAACCCCGUGAGGUCCUGCUGCGCAUCUAUGGACAGACCCAUGGCGAUCACGCGCUGGACAGCAUGAUCAAAGAGUCGGUGGUGUUUGCGUUGCUCAGUGAGCGGAACUUCGGACCCAAGCUGCACGGAAUCUUUCCCGGGGGACGCAUUGAGCAAUAUAUUCCUGCACGUUCCUUAACCACUGCGGAAUUGGGAGAGCAACGCAUAUUAAUGAAAGUGGCUGAGAAAAUGGGUGAAAUUCACAGCCUGAAUAUUCCCAUGUCGAAGGAACCGGAUUGGAUAUGGAACUGUAUGCAGCGUUGGGUGACUAGCCUGGAGAACAUUAUGAAAGGCAAUGUCCAAUCGAAACCGAAGUCUUCAGUACUGGAGAAGCAAAUGGAAAUAAUGCGCACCUUCGAUUACGUGCAGGAGAUCGCAUGGAUAAGAUCGGUGAUCGAUGAAGGCGACUAUCCAGUUGUGUUUUGCCACAAUGAUCUCCAGGAGGGAAACAUACUGCUGCGUCAGCCGACGGUUGGACAAAACGAACGCACGCCGCGGGUGUCAAUAAGUAGUCUAAGAUCCAAUUUCGACGAAACUUUGGGCGAUAGCCUUGAUGGCAACAGCAACAUCUCGGAACCGGAGACAUCUAAAUCGCACAGCAUUUCGCCAACGCCUUGUCCAGAGUUGGACACAACGAACGACUCAGCACUCGAUGCCAGCUUUACUACCGAUAAUGAGCCGGAUCUUAUUAUCAUAGACUUUGAGUACUGUGCUUACAACUAUCGUGGCUAUGAUCUUGCCAAUCACUUCAUUGAAUGGACCUUCGACUAUACCAAUCCGCAGUUCCCUUACUUUUACCACAAUCCCAGCAAUUGUUCGACUGUUCAGCAGCGGCGCGACUUUAUUGUGAACUAUCUAAAGAAGAACCACGAUGAAGAGAACUACAAUCCCACUAGCCAGGAGUUGGACAAGGUGGAUGCCGAAAUCCAGUUCUUUAUAAUGCUGUCGCAUCUGUUUUGGAGCCUAUGGUCCGUGGUCAAUGCCACGUCGGCUAUUGAGUUUGGAUAUUGGGAGUAUAAUGAUGCUCGAAUUGUGGAAUAUCAAAAGCUAAAGGCAGCCUAUCUGGCAAAAUGAAGCCAAUCGAAAAUCAAGGGUCAAAUAUCAAUAAUCUUCACUUAAAUCGAAUUAGAACCGUAAUUAAGUGGCCUUAAAUAUUGAAGUCCCAAGCUCCCCGCCCGUCGUUGCCCCCUUUUAGAAAUAACAUUGUACGGCGCUUUACCUAGUUUGCUAGCAACGAGGUUAUUACAACACUACUUCAAUAUUUCACAAGGAAAAGGGAAACCGUUCAAAAAGACUUACUUAUUUUUGUAUGGAAAAAUUAGCUAUUUAGAAUUGAUAAAGCUGAUAUUAAAAGUCAUAAUAACAAUUAUUGCUGUGAUUAUUGCGUGAGACAGGUGACAGAUAAAGCGACAACAACAUUUUAUAUAGUCUGUGAAAUGGGACGGAAUCGUCCCUCACCCAUCUGAUUCGAUCGAAAGAAUUAGAGACAGUACCCAGCACAUCCUUAAAUAUUAAAAUCUACGCAGGAUAAUUUUACCAUUAUGCAUUACAUCUUUAGCAAAACACAAUCUUUGUUACUUUCGAAUUUAUUAAAUAUUCGAAUUUUUUGUUUUUAACUCCAAAAAUUAUUGUCGUAUCUAAGUAUUAUUUUGCAUUCAAUCACGAGUCCAUACUACGCUUCUUCUAUAUACUAAAAGCUUAGUCAAAAUUCCUAACGAAGCUCUUUUCUACUUGAUAAGUCAAGGAUUUCAGGCGAGUUCUAAUUCUCCGCCAGCAACAAUUAUGUGUUUUUUAUGUACCAACCCAACAAUACCAAAUUCCUUAUUAGAAAUUAAUUGUAUGAUUUUAGAAUUUAAAAUAUUUCUGCGUAUAUUUUUUAUAAAUAAAUAAACAUUUAAAAAC